AUGGCUGCCACCAUGGACAGUCCCAACACCACCUACCCCGAGUCGCCGAUGGACCAGGAGGACGUCGUGUAUCCCUGCAAAGGCUGCGGAGAGAUACUCGAAGAGGGCAAGGCAUUCGAACUGGCCGGCAACCGGUGGCAUAUCGACUGCUUUCGAUGCAACACUUGCGACACUCUCCUCGACUCCGAUGCGAACCUGCUCCUACUCGGCGACGGCUCUCUCAUAUGCAACAACUGCACCUACAGCUGCAGUGCCUGCCACAACAAGAUUGAGGAUCUGGCCAUCUUGACCGGUGACCAAGCAUUCUGUUCUGGCUGUUUCAGAUGUCGCAACUGCAAGAGGAAGAUCGAGAAUCUGCGCUACGCGAGGACAUCGCAGGGCAUCUUCUGCAUGAGCUGCCAUGAAAGCUUGAUGGCAAGGCGGCGCAAGAAAGCGCGAACACCAAAGACCACUUCUGGUGCCACGCCUGGGAUCGAAAAGGCACUGCCAUCGCUGCCACCGGGCGUCGUCCCAGACAGUGCUUUCACGCCGGAAGAUGAGACACCGCCCGUCACUUAUUCAGAAACUGCCACAAAAUCGCAAUCGCGACUGUCGAGGGAUCGUCAGCUCGGCUCGCGCAACGAAGGCACUUCUACAAUACGAGACGUUUCGCCGCUUUCUGACGAUCCGCGCAGAGGUGCGCUCAAUCACAUCCAUGAACAGCAGCGUGACAUUACAACUAACACGAUUCUAGAUGGCCCCAUCCUGCCAGCUAGCACAUACAACAACAGCAGCAGCAGAUACACAACGGCUGGAAGCUUGCAGGACGACGACGACGACGAAACUGGUGGAGAUAUACCUAUGGUGCUUGAUAACACGCCCAUAGCUUCUCCGCUGGUCCCGAGCCAGGCUCCUCCAGUACAGAGAAAGCCCGUGUCUCGGCCCCAAGAACUAUCGCCGCCGGUACAGAAAGAGAAUCAGCCUCCUCGCGACUACUUUGGUACGAACGGCAGAAUAUCCGCUAAGCCCGCUCCACGAGACCAGCUAUCAAGAGAUGCUUUGCGGGAGGACGCUCGUUCGCGAUCUGUCUCUACUGAACGCGAACAAGAUCGCAAUGCUGCACAGGCCAGACCGAGCCCGCACAUACUGUCUCAGGAUAAGGGUCGUGCGAGAAAGCGCGACACUUCUGGCGGCAACACUCCAGUCAACGGUUCAGCGGCAGCGUCGCCUAUCAUGCCCAGCACGCAAGAUAGAGGAGCAAUAAAACAGAAGGCGCCUCCGUUGUCCACAGAUGCGCAGACAUUGAGCCAGGAUACGUUCAGACUGCAAGACGUCCCCCGGACAGCAAAGGCAAGAUCACGGGCCAACUCCAGGCAAGGCGCUGUGUCUCCGCAGGUUGUCUCUUCAAUCGACAGGCACAGUAGGGAAGAUCACACGCACAAGCCAGUGUCUCCAGUCUCUGUGGGCUCCCAGAAUUCUGGCAUUAAUCCCUUCGACGAUCCCAAGCGCAUGAGAGCAUUGCAGCCCUCCGGUGAAACGCCUGUGCCUCCAAGGAAUGCGGAUCGAAUGCUGCCUUUGAGAGGUGACUCGCUUGCUGCCGCCGCUGCACAUAGGUCCAAGACUUCUACGCCUGAUCCUCCUACGCCGACGGCAGUCUCGAGCUCGACGCACAUCAAUUCCCGACAGUCGUCGCAGACCUCAAGCCAUGAACGGAACCAGUCGUCAUCUUCAGUACCUUCCACGUUUACGGAUGCGCAGAGCACAUUGUCGCGUGAUAACAGCAGCCGAUCCAAGGUUGAGCAGCCUGCCGUACGAAGCAGUCUCGAUGCAGUCGUUCCACCACCACGUGCGGCCUCUCGUCCCACCGCCCCCAGCAAAUCUGUCGCCAACGACGACUUCAUUGCACCACGACACGCGCCGCCGCCGCCUGUUGGACACACCAGAAAUAACGACUCCGUUAGCACAAUGCACAGCAUCGACAAUCGGCCUUCUAUCGAUGGACAACUAUCCCCAGCUUUGCACAGUGCCGGACUUCCGAAGUACAGUCUCGAUGGCGGAUUCUCAAUGGAUGAUGACCUUGGUCGUAUUCUGCGUGGCGAACAAGCGCAAGAUAGAAAUGGUCCUGCAUCCCCAUCUGUCCUGCGACGAGUUUCGAAUGCAGUGAAACACGGCAGAAGUUUCAGCGACCGAGCAGUGCCGGGAGGCAGAUCGCCGAGGAAUGGAUCGCUAGAUAUCAGCUUUCCUGCGCAUACACCGCUGAUAACCUCUCCGACCGGGGCCGAUGGAUUGGACACUUUGCGGUCUUCACUACGGCGUGCGCAAGUGCACAUUGCGGAGCUCGAGGCUGAAAAAGUCAGCCUACAGGAGAAGCUCGAUGGCUCGACUGACAUGAAAGCUGUUAACACCGAGCUUCGUGAGAAACGAUCCACAAUGGCAUUCCUGGAUACGCAACGCGAAAUGGUUGUGCGGGAGCUCGAAAUCAUGACGGAGCAUCUGAGCAAGGCCAAGGACACAAGUCAGCCGAUCGACCUUGGAUCCCUCAAGACCAUAAUCUUAAGGGACUUUGCCGAAUCUUUACAGAAGCUAAAGGAUAACAUGGGAGCACAAAUCGAAGACCUCAUGCACAAGCGAAACGAACUGACUGACGAGAUCGGGAAUCUCAUCCAAAUGAAGGACAAGGGAUUCCAAGAGUACGAGUCUUUGUCGUCGAAGAAUUCUCAGCUUCUCCAGCAUAAUAACGAGCUGAUCCGCAGCAUCCAGGGGAUGUAUCAGGACAACAGGCAGCCGAACGGAGCAUUGGGAGGCGCGAAUGGCCUGGGCAUUUACAAUCCGGGAGCAAAACUGGACACAACAGGCCCGACCGAAGUACGCAACCUCAAUAUCGUGAACACUGAUUCGAACAUGCCCACUUUACUUCACGAUCCGGAGUCAGAACCAGCAACUAUGCUUACGCAACCGCAAGUUGUAAACAUCCGCAAAGGCGGCAAACCAACCAAGUUCAACUGGAGACGAGGUGGCGAGAAGGUUGCCGGCAAAGUGACGAAAGGAUUGAAGGGUGCGCUCGGUGGCGACAGAGCUCCAAGCAAUCAAGGCCAGUACGCAAUUGGCCAUCCUUACGACUCCAGACAGGCGGUGGGUGGCAGUGAUGUCAGCAGCGUCGCCAGUAAAGCACUCAGCGAUGAGAGCAAAGCUGCUGGGUACGGGUUCUUCGGCCAGAAGAAUGGAGGAGUAAAGCAAGGCACCGGCUUUGGCCACCUAAAGAACAACAGCAGCACCAACCUCGUCGAUUCUUCAGAUGGAUCAGUACUUUUCGGCUCUGAGCUCAGCGCUCGGUGCGAGUUCGAGGGAAGUAUGAUUCCCAACAUUGUAAUGCGCUGCAUUGCCGAAGUUGAAAAACGUGGCAUGGAUAUAGAAGGCAUAUACCGCAAGUCUGGAGGUGCCGGCCAGGUGAAGACAGUCCAGCAAGGUUUCGAGAAGGACGACCAAUUCGACAUUUCCGACGAGGACCUGGACAUCCAUGCCAUCACUAGCGCGAUGAAGCAGUACUUCCGCAAGCUACCAACGCCACUCAUUGUCUACGAGUCGUACGAAGCCUUGCUUGAAGCUGGCCAAUUCCAGGACAAGGAGAAACGUGCCAACGCACUGCGGCAGGCGGUCAACGAAUUGCCAGAUGCUCAUCGUGACUGCCUUCAGUACCUCGUUGGGCAUCUGGCUCGUGUUAUGGCGCACGAGUCUCACAAUCUCAUGACACCACUCAACCUUGCCGUUGUAUUUGCUCCAACGAUCAUGCGACCGCUCUCGAUUGAGCGGGAGAUGAGCGACAUGCAGAUCCAGCGUCAUGCAGUGCAGGCACUACUCGAGAACCACAAAGUGAUAUUCUCAAACGAUGACUAG